CGCUCAGCCUUUCCGUGCCAGCGCGCUGAGGUUAACCUCGGAGGCUCCACGGUGCGGGCACGAAAGGGUGUUGAGCGGUAUACAUAGCUCUCCAUACACAUUGAGAGCUCAGCGAGAAAAGGAGGGGGCGAGGAAAGGCAGGUUCCGCCUCCCCCUGGCCCGCGUGCACACACGCGCCCACCGCGGCUCGGGCUGGCUGAGCGCGGGCGAGUGUGAGCGCGGGCGAGUGUGAGCGCGAGUGUGCGCACGCCGCGGAGAGCCUCUGCCCUCGCCUCGCACCCUGCUCAGGGCAUCUUGAGAGCCUGGAAACGUGAACAGGCUUAAAGUAUGGCAUGUUGCAAAGAUGGUUUCUGCCAAGAAGGUACCCGCGAUCGCCACGUCCUCCCGGGUCAGUUUCGCCCUCCUGCACUUCCUUUGCCUGGCGGCUUGUUUAAACGAAUCCCCAGGACAAAACCAAAAGGAGGAGAAAUUAUGCCCGGAAAAUUUUACCCGCAUCCUGGACAGCUUACUCGAUGGUUAUGACAACAGGCUGCGUCCUGGAUUUGGGGGUCCUGUUACAGAAGUAAAAACUGACAUAUAUGUCACCAGCUUUGGACCUGUUUCUGAUGUGGAAAUGGAAUACACAAUGGAUGUGUUCUUCAGACAGACGUGGAUUGACAAAAGACUAAAAUAUGAUGGCCCCAUUGAAAUUUUGAGAUUGAACAAUAUGAUGGUAACAAAAGUAUGGACACCUGAUACUUUCUUCAGGAAUGGAAAGAAAUCUGUUUCACAUAAUAUGACAGCUCCAAACAAGCUUUUUAGAAUUAUGAGAAAUGGCACUAUUUUAUACACAAUGAGACUCACCAUAAGUGCGGAGUGUCCCAUGAGAUUGGUGGAUUUCCCCAUGGAUGGUCAUGCAUGCCCUUUGAAAUUUGGAAGUUAUGCAUAUCCGAAGAGUGAGAUGAUUUAUACAUGGACAAAAGGUCCUGAGAAAUCAGUGGAAGUUCCAAAGGAGUCUUCCAGCUUAGUCCAAUAUGACUUGAUUGGGCAAACUGUGUCAAGUGAAACUAUCAAGUCCAUUACGGGUGAAUAUAUUGUUAUGACAGUUUACUUCCACCUGAGACGGAAGAUGGGUUACUUUAUGAUUCAGACAUAUAUUCCAUGUAUUAUGACAGUGAUUCUUUCUCAAGUUUCAUUCUGGAUAAACAAGGAAUCAGUUCCAGCUAGGACUGUGUUUGGGAUAACCACAGUCCUCACCAUGACCACACUGAGCAUCAGUGCCCGGCAUUCUUUGCCCAAAGUGUCCUAUGCUACUGCCAUGGAUUGGUUUAUAGCUGUCUGCUUUGCUUUCGUAUUUUCCGCACUUAUUGAGUUUGCUGCUGUCAAUUAUUUUACCAAUAUUCAAAUGGAAAAAGCCAAAAGGAAGUCAUCAAAAGCCCCCCAGGAGAUCCCGGCUGCUCCAGUGCUGAGAGAAAAGCAUCCUGAAACACCUCUACAGAACACAAAUGCCAAUCUGAAUAUGAGAAAAAGAACAAAUGCCUUGGUUCACUCUGAAUCUGAUGCUGGCAACAGAACUGAGGUGGGAAACCAUUCGAGCAAAUCCUCCACAGUUAUUCCAGGAUCUUCUGAAGGCACAUCGCAGUCUUACUUAGCUUCCAGUCCAAACCCAUUCAGCCAUGCGAAUGCAGCCGAAACAAUAUCUGCUGCAAGAGCACCUCUCUCUGCUCCUCCCUCUACUCCUGGGAGAACUGGGGACGUGCCCCAACAGGCUUCUGCUGGACCUGCUUCUACCCAGCGUGUGUUUGGAUCAAGACUGGAGCGAAUUAAGACCACUGUUAAUACCACAGGGGCUUCUGGGAAGUUGUCAGCAACUACUCCUCCUGCCCCACCGCCGUCUGGGUCUGGCACAAGCAAAAUAGACAAAUAUGCCCGUAUUCUCUUUCCAGUAACAUUCGGGGCAUUUAACAUGGUCUAUUGGGUUGUUUAUUUAUCUAAGGACACUAUGGAGAAAUCAGAAAGUCUAAUGUAAUUUUGUUGCUAGAAUAGUUUCCUAAAAGAUGAUGACCUUAAUACAGAAUGCCUUUUUACAUGUUUUUAAAGAUAAACCAUUAUUCUUUAUUAAAAUAAAAAGCCUAUGUAAUUUUUACAUUCAAAAACAAUCCAAGCCAGUUAUUGGGAGAGUUAAUCCAUCCCUCAGUGAAGAGAGAGUGAGCCAUCUUUCAUUUCAGAAAAAUGAUUUGAAUAGAAUCAAUUCAGCAUUCAAAUUAGAUGAAAUACAGACCAUCCUGGAAAGUUGGGACAAGAGAAAUAGGGCUAUUAGAGAUACAUGGUUCAUAUUUAUGCAUUGGAAUUUGAAAAUAGACUAUGACAUUUUUAAAUAUACACUAUGAAUAUCAACCAACAACCCUAAAUUUCCCAGUGGCACUGCCCUUAAUCAGAAUUGUUUAUUGGAUAUCCUAUGCGGUGACCUUUGGAGAUUCUUCUAGUAUCAGCAAGAAAAGGACUUUCUCUGUUACAUGAAACAUUUUUUAAAAGGAAAACGGAACAAAACAAAUACUGACUAAUAGAGUGAAACCUCUGCUGCGUCAAAAAACAAAAACAAAGGCCAGCGAAGACAUGUUCCCUGUCUUAUGUUGGUCAAACAGGACUUAAAACACUUGACUUGAAAAAUCUGUGCUUUGAGCCAAAGUUUAACUCCUUGUAUGAAUUCUUUUUGACAGUAGUUCAUUCAGUUAUGUAUUAUUUCAACAUAUAGUUAUUCAGAGCCUACUGUGUUCCAUGCACUAUGCUAGACACUGUCUCUCUAGGAAAGCUCUUUCACCUUAACCUACGAUAUUACUUGAAUAGUAGAACAGUCAAUGCAUGCUAACGAACCAUAAACUAGCAGAGAACAUUGCAUUCUUUAAUGGAAGAAAUUUAUUUAGAGUCUGACAACAUAUUGAAAACAUCUGUUUCUCCUAUACCGAUAGAGGGUAACACGUUAGCACAACCUUAGCAAUUGACUUCAAAAUACAUGAAAAUGUGUACAGAUGGUUCUCUAAGUAAGAAGCACUGCCUACCAGAGAAUAAAACUCUAGGCACUGUAAGAUCCUAUAAAUUAUCUGUCUCAAAUUUGAUCAGAAUAGUAGGAUAGAAUUUGAUCAGAAUCAUCACAAUUAGGAACUCAAUACAAGGCCUUUUAGAUGCUUUUCCAAACAUAGAUCUAUUUUGGCUGGUGAAAUGCUAAUCUUCUGGGAAGUUUUUGUGUCUGUAGUUUUGUAUUUCUGGGAAGUUUAGUGUUUUGGGGGGGGGCAGGUUUUGUACAGUAUCACAACUAGGGUAUUUUAAAAUUAAAAGAGUAGCCGAGGAAUGGAGUAAAGAAGAAAACUCAUAGCCAAGGGGUAGGAUUCUGCUGACUCUGUUAAUGCAAUUUAUCAGGAUUUUCAUGUACUGACUUUUCUUUUUCAUUAGGUAGGCUUAACAACUUAAUUAAAUUUCUUGCAGCUGUCUUAUGACACUAAAUCUAGGUCUAGUUUUUUGUUUUGUUGCUUCCAGAUUUUUCUUCUAUUCUUCUUUUUUUCCUGAUCUAGGUUGUGUGAAUGAAUGUAUUCUGGAUGUUUGGGGGAACAUUUUGAUAAAAAUGGCCACUUUCCAAGCAAAAAUCUCUUAUUUUUAGAAAAGAAAUAUUAAUUAAUUGACAUUAGUCUUUCAGUUAUUAAUUGCCUUGGAAUGAUUGUAUAUGAGAACUGUAAAAUUUGCAAAUGCCAAAUAUUGUGAGUCAUAUCUGAGGAUACCUUUUUUUGCUAUCACUCUAGGUAUAUCCUAGAAUCACUAACAAUUUUAAGGCUGAAAGAUGCUUUAGAAUUCAUCCAAUCCAAGCCCUCAUUUAUAAAUUGAUACCAGUAAUAUGAGGCCAAAUAAAAUUUGUACAUAUGUAAAUAUUUAAUGAAGAGUACUUGUAUAAAAAAGCUUAUCACAAAUUAUUUUAUGAAUGUAAGUAGAUUUCUAGCCUUGAGGACAACUCUUGAAAUUGUGGUUGGAAGCUAUGAUUGUUUAUUAUUCCAAUGAAAAGACCUUAUUUCUUUAGUGAAGAAUAUACUCCUUACUUAUUCAUUGGCUUAUUCUUAAGAAAUAUCUUAUUGGCUUCCUUUUUACAAAAGAAAUUCUUCUAUAAAUUUUACAGAUUUUAAAGGGAUAAAAAUCAAUGAUAUUAGAUUUGUAGACAAGGGAUCCAGGUGAGCCUAUGGUUUUUUUUCUUUGUGAAGAAGAUUUUAGGACAAGUCAGGUGGCCCAACAAAGAGAAAGGGCAAAAUUAACCAACGAUUACUUUUUUUUUAAUUUUUUAAUGUUUACUUAUUUUUGAGAGACAGAGCAGGAGCAGGGGAGGGGCAGAGAAAGAAGAAGACACAGAAUCCAAAGCAGGGUCCAGGUUCCAAGCUGUCAGCACAGAGCCCAACCAGGGGCUUGACCCCACAAGCUGUGAGAUCAUGACCCCAGCUGAAGUUGGACGCUUCACCGACUGAGCCACCCAGGAACCCCUAACCAAGGAUUCUUAAUUGUUAAUUUGAAGAAUAAAUUGAUCAGAAAGGAAGUCUAAUGAUUAGUACAAAAAGGGAUUAUUUCAUUUGUACACAAUGUUCAUAACAAUAACAAUAAUAAUAAUGCAUAUUUUAUUUUCCCUAACUGCAUUUCAUCAAAUUAAGUCAUAGCUAAAUAUUUUAUUUUGGUCAUCAUUCCUACCUCUCUAAUAACUCAUAGCUACAUUAAACAAAACACUUUUAUGAAGGACCAGUCACUUUUCACCAUGAGCAAAUCUUGCAAGAGUCAUUAGGAGAGCUCAGAGUCUUGGUAAUUUGUGAAGAAUUCUGGCUCAGAAUGGUGACUUUGUAUGGCUCGAUCUUUUAAAGAUGAAAUUCAGAAUUUUCUUAUUCAGAACCAAUAUCCAUUUUCUAGCUUUCAACUCCAAGUUGGUAACUAACUCCUACAUAAUUACUUCCAAUUUACUCCAGGCAUGACUAGGUAUAAUAAUAUAUUUAUAUGAUUAAUCUGCAGCUAAAAAUGACUUGCCCUUGUUAAUAUACAGAGUAUUUGAGCAGUGUAUAUUUUAAAUCGGACCCCACAAACCUUGAAUUAGAGUAGGCAGAAAGUAGAGUCACUCUCUUACCGAUGGAAAUGAAUCAUAGAGAAGCCAGUGACAAAGACUACAGCAAGGGGCUGGAAUUAACUUUGAAAGGUCAUUUUUCAACCACAUCACCUUAGCAGUGACCAUGGUUCAAGCAGUAAGUAUGAUAUUUGCUUGUGACUUAUUUUACCCAUGAACUGGUCAAUUCUGCCUGACCUAGAAAAAAAUACCUACUCCCCAUUCUCCCAUUUUCCAAUGGUCCCCUCUUCUAGAUUUGUGAAAAAAACCUCCAGUGAAAAAACACCAGGUGGAGAAAUGGAUGACCUAAUUUCAAGUUCUGACCCUAUUGUGGUUUUAAACGAGUCACUUAACCUUGCUAGGCUUGAUUCCUUAUGUAUAAGAGAAUGGGAGGAUUAAAUAAUAUCUAAGCUUUCUUUUAAUUUUAAUAUUUUCUGCUUCUCAUAGUACACUAAAUACAGGCAUAUUCUUAGAAUGGAUUACACUCAAUAUAUUAGAAUAGGUACACUCAAUACUUUGUGCCACAAAUAGAUGUUUAUGGGGGGAAAGAAACUGAUUUGGUUUCACUGCUUAAUUACUCCAAGUUCAUGACUUGAAUUAAACAACAGUUCCCUGACCUUAAAAAAAGAACAAAAACAAAACAAACAAACAAACAAACAAACCCCUCUCCAUUUAGAUUAGAUAUUUUCUUCUCUGUGGAAGAUUUUACUCUUAAAAACUAAAAAAAAAUUGGUCAUUUCUUUUUCUGGGUUGUUAUUCAUCUUUGCUAAAUGGGUUCCUGCUCCAUUUUAGGGACUGUGCUGAUUUUUAGAUAUACAUAGAGAAAUGAAACUGGUUCCUUUCCUUUUAUGUGGUCCCAGUAUGGUAGUGAUAAUAGAUGUGUAGAUGAGUAGCUAUGGAUUGUUUCAGUAGUAUAGAGGAGGGCUAAAACUAGGGUGAUAUGCGUGAGCCCUCACCUGAAACAAAAAAUAUAUAGAAAUCAGUAAUCAGGAUAAAUGAUAUUUUGAAAGAGUAUUUAAAAAAAUCAAACUUGAUGCAAAAACCUAUGAUUAACAAAAUACCCAAAUUUUAAGUAAAUAUAGGAUCAGUAUUAAUGUUUUUUUUUCUUUUGCAUCAGGCUUUACUAUUGUGCAGCAUGGUGCUGAUACAGAGGGUGGAAAAGGAUGCACAUAAUUUUUUAACUUGGUUUAUAGUGUGGAAAAAAAGAGUGAUGGCAGGGAAGGCUUCACAGAGAUGAUAUUGAACUGAAUUGUGUGGAAAAAUUUGGAGUUCCAGCCCCUUUGCCUACUUCUACAAACAAACAAACAAACAAACAAACAAACAGCACACUUUAUCCCACCACCUGAAACAUGAGGAACUCUUACCACAAGUGGUUCCAGGUAGUAGGAAGAAGGUGAAUUAAGGGAAGUGAAAGAUGCUCAUGUAGGAAAGACCUGUUGGGACUGGAUUAGAGAGUUUUGUGUAAAUUAAACAGAUCGGGUUUGAUCCUGGAUUAGUGGCAAUUUAUUGAAAAUCUUGCAGUAUAAUAAGAUGAAAAUGAAUAUGUCAGGCUUCUAUUUUAGAGAAAUCACUUGAUUGCUGUACGAGCUGUGGAAGGAAGGGCCAUGAAUCUGGCAAUAGUACAAGAAUUGAGAAGUCUCAUUUUUCUUUUCUCUCUCAGUUCAUCUUUGCAUUUCAUUUCUUUUUUUAAAUCCCAAUGACUUCAUUGUCAUUUGUGGAAAUGAUACAUAAUUGUUAAAAGUGAAGGCAGGCAUUGCAGAAAUGUACAGUCUCAACAUUUCACCACCAAGAAAGUGUUAAUAUUUCAUGAAUAUCAUGCCAGCUACUUCUGUAGAGAUACGUGUUUGUAUAGAAGAAUAGAGUGAUCAAAAGACAGAAUUUCAUAAAUUUAGGAGUCAAGUAUUUCACAUGUGAAAGUUGUUAAAUAAUUUAAAAACCAUUCAAUUUAUGUUAUCUAAAUAUAAGAUGGAAAAAACUAGGGUAAAACUGGAGAGGUUGUUGAAACUUAGUGUUGAAUCAAGCAACACAUGUCUUCUUAUUCCACAUUUCAGUCUUUAUUUCAGGAAAGUUUUUAUCCUAUAGUGUGUCUAAGUAAUUUUUCUUUCCAAAUGCUAAUUGUGUUAAAUCUCUUUUGCCUGUAUAACUAUUUAUAAUAUUCUUUAUCAUCAAUUUUGAAUUUUUAAAUUUGUUGUCAACUUUUGUCAACCCUAACCCAAGUGAGUAUUCAGUUGUGUUUAUUCUAUUUUGUGACCUCUUAUGUAAUUUUUAACUUCAUAAUGGUUUUAUUUUUUCCAUUGCUUUCUUGGUCUGUGCCAUUUCAUUUUUUCAUUUCUUUCUACUAUUUUUACAAUCUAUUAAAAUGUAUCUUUUCUUUGAGCUUUUCACUCUAAUAUUAAUGAGAUCAUGCCUAUAAUUUAUUUGAGACUAUAAAUAAGUACUUAUAUAAACUUUUCCUCUGUUUCCUGAAAAAAAAAAUGGUCUCUGGUAUGAACUUCCUUUGCUUUUUCAUUGCGUUUUUGCUUCCUUUGCCUAUGUUUCAGGCUGAUUUCUUUCUAUUAAUCACUGAAUGAAGCCAGCUAUUUACUGAACUCUAUGUGGGCAGUGGUGGGAGAAUGAAUCAGAGCAGCCCACAGUAGCUAUUUAAGUUUCAGGUUUCAAGCCCACCUCCCCAAAUCUGUUUUAGUUUCUGCCCAGGGACCAUAUUUUUCUCUAUUUUUGACAUUCGGUGCUCCACGUGGCUCACAAUGUAAAACUCCCUCAGUUUUACUUUCUCUGUGUUGUUAGCCCUCUAGUGAUUGUCUCCUCUCCCUCCCAUCUCACACUUAAAUGCUAGUCGUCUGGAUUAUCCAGCAGGCUGUUUCACAACUAUCAAAUGUAGUCUGUCAGCAUUUUUUUCCUUAUCCCCAUAUUCCACCAUUUGGAGAUACAUAAUUGGAAUUCUCUGGAGACAGAUUUUGUUUUUCUCUUGCCUGUCCACUUUCCAUCUCACGGAGGCUUCAAACAGUCUUUGAAGAAUGUCUCAGAACUAUGACACUUUGUGUAAUCUACAUUCUAUCCAAGAUAUGUGCCAGUGAACGUCUUUUCUCCUGUUAGUGCAAAAUAUGUCCCUGUUCGAAAGCUAUUUAUCAUAAUUUGUUGCCAAUUACUUAUAAUUACACAUGUGGUUUCAUUUUCUUUUUUUUUUUCAUUUUUUUAUUAUUUAUGUUAUUUUUGGAAAUAUUUCAUCGGAGAGCAGUAAAUUAUAAAUGCUUUUAUUUCACCAUCUUAAACUGAAUCAUCAUCUAUCAUUUAUAUUUCCAUUAGGCCAGGGUUGACCAGAGUGUCUUUUACUGAUAUUUUUUGGCUGACAACCAGAGCUCUGUGGUUUUCCCCUUUUGUAUAUCAGGUGUCACUGGAAUCAGAUAAGAAACCUGGAUUAAAUCUGUGAUAACACAGUCAAUAGAAAACACUUCCCUUUAAGGGAGGGAAAGGAAAUUAUAAUAGUAAGAAAUAAAUAUUAUUGCAGUUAA